GGAGGCAGAGCUUGUCAGCAGUGACUCAGGAGCAUAUAAAUUCGGGUGUCGCAGCUUCAUUUCCCACCACUGCUGGCCCACAGCACAGCCUUUGGGAGCCCGAGGCAGGGAGCAGUCCUGGAGGAUGCAGGAAGUGGAGACGAGAGGUGACGAGGUCCACUUCUGCACAGACAACCAGAGUGUCUCCCUCUGCUCCCGAGGGUUGGACCCCGUGGCAGUGGCUCCUGCAGCCCCUAAGAUGCCGAGGCGUUUGCAGGCCACCCUGGCCUUUGUGGCUGUGACCGUGGUCUCCUCUCUUGUGGCUCUUAUCAUUGUGGCUCUACAGCACCCAAGACCUGCACUGGAGGAAGACGCCUCCUUCCAAGAGCUGUGGGGAGACAACAGUACUGAGCAGUUCCAUGAGGAAUCCGACCAUCCCCACCACCUUUGUAAGGUGGCAGAGCUGCAAGAGACUAUCCAGAUGUUUAAAGGACAUGUGGAGAAUUCCAGCACCUGGAGUAUGGAGAUCCAGAUGUUGACAUGCAGAGUGGACAAUGUCAGUUCUCAGAUCCAGCUGCUCAGUGGUCACCUGGAAAGUGCCAGUACUGACAUCCAGAUGGUCAAAGGCAUCCUAAAGAAUGCCAGCGCCUUGAGUUUCCAGACCCAGAUGUUAAGGAAUUCCUUGCGGGGGACCACUUCUGAGAUCCAGAAGCUCAAGGGAGAUCUGGAAGAGGCAAAUGCUUCACGUUCCCAGAUCCAGAGUUUCUUAGAAAGCAGUUUAGGAAACACUAGCGUUGAGCUCCAUAUGUUAAGCAGAGGCUUAGAAAAUGCCAACACGGAAAUCCAGGUGUUGAAGGCUGAGUUAGAAAUGGCAAAUGCUCAGCUCCGAUGGGCAAACAGUAGUUUAAAGAAUGUUAAUGCCCAGAUCUAUGUUUUGAGAGGCAAUCUGGAUAGUAUCAAUCAUUUAAGGGCCCAGCAGAAAGUUUUAAGAAGUAGUUUGGAAGGUGCUACUGCUGAGAUGCAGAAGCUAAAGGAAAGUCUGCAAAAUACAGAUGCUUCAAACUCCCAGACCCAGACCUUUAUGAAAGGCAGUUUAGAUAACAACAGUGCUGAGAUUCAGAUAUUAAGAGGUCAUUUGGAAAGGGCUGGUGAUGAGAUUCACUUGUUAAAAAGAGAUUUGGAAACUGUCACUGCCCAGACCCAAACAGCAAAUGGUCUCCUGGAGCAGACAGAUGCUCAGAUGCGAGUGUUAAAAACAGAGCUGGAAAGCACUGUUGCCUUAAGUUCCAAGAUCCAGGAGUUCAAUGGUAUUUUGAGAAAAGCCAACCAAGAGAUACAGACCCUAAAACAAGGAAUGAAGGAUGCUGUGGACUUAAAUUCCAAGACCCAGAUGUUAGAGGGAAAUCUGCAGGAGGCCAGGGCCGAGAUCCAGAGGUUAAAAGAGGAUUUGGAGAAUACCAAAGCACUGACUUCAAAAAUCCAGGAGGAGCAGAGUAGACUGAAGACUCUCCAAGGAGCCUCUGCUUCUCAGGAGCAGCUCCAGAGGACCCAAAAUCAACUCCUCAGGCUGAUUCUGGAAGGCUGGAAGUCCUACGAUGGGAGCUUGUAUUACUUUUCUGAUGCCAGGAAGACUUGGCAGGCGGCUGAGGAGUUCUGUGUGUCCCAGGGAGCUCACCUGGCCUCGGUGACCUCUGAGGAGGAGCAGGCGUUUCUGGUACAGUUCACAAGGGACUCGUACCACUGGAUCGGCCUCACUGACAGAGGUUCAGAGGGCUCCUGGCGCUGGGCAGACGGCACACCAUACAACAGUGCCAGGAGCAGAGCGUUUUGGGACAACAAUCAGCCGGACAACUGGCGACACAAGAAUGGGCACACGGAAGACUGUGUCCACCUCCAGCUGAAAUGGAAUGACAUGCACUGUGUUGCCCUCUACCCCUGGGUCUGCAAGAGGCCUGUGGACCUGAUGUAGCCAGAGGGCAGACGGAGCCGCUUCUCCAAGACGCCUUCAGAGCCUCUGAACUCACCUUGUUCUCUGGGGCCUUCCGUUUGGCCUUUGUGUCUCCUGCCCUGUCCUUUCGAAAAAAAUCUUCCCAACAUGUUUACUUCAUGUGAUCCAGUGUGAUGAGCAUCUCCUCAAGGCAAGAGCCUUGUUGUGCCUCUGUAUCCCCCUUGGCAACUGCAUGGGCCUGUCAGACAGCAGGUCCUCAAUAAAUACUC